CUUUGUGAACAGCAGUUGUCACGAUGUCUGAUGCCUGGACGAGGAUCUUCACCAUCCUUUGUCUCUGUUGCGCAGCAGAGAUGAAAGGAGUGGUUUGGAAAAAAGUUGGACAAUCCCUUACAAUCCAGUGCAGGACUGAGUCUGAUCAAGAUUUUCUGAAUUUAAAAAUGGAGACUGCCAAUGAGGAAACUGACAUUGUUGGUAUAGACAAAGCCACAGAAAAAAGAAUUGUUCUUCAAGGAAUGACAGAAAGAGUUCAGACUUAUGGAGCAUUUCCCAAUGUGGAUAUCAUCAUUAAAAACUUGAAUGGAAAUGACACAGGAUCAUACUGGUGUCUGUAUUCAAAAACGAGCGAAACAUUUAAUCAACAAAUAACAAAAGGUGACGGAUCUGUGCUGCUCUUUGUGACAGAAACAAAAGAGGUGAUUUGGAGAGAGUCGGGACAAUCCGUUAUGAUCCAGUGCAGAAUUAAUACUGAUCAAGAUUUUCUGGUAUUGAAAAUGGGCCUUAACGAGGAGACUGAGGUUGCCGUUAUCAACAGAGCCUCUAGAAAAACACAUUUUCAUAAAGGAAUCGCAGAAAGAGUUCAAACAAGUGGAACAUUCCCAAGUGUGGAUAUUGUAAUUGAAAACUUAAAUAGAAGUGACUCAGGGCCAUACUGGUGUGUGUAUUCAAAACUAGAUGACAACUACCAUCCACUGGUAACAAAAGGUAAUAGAUCUGUUCUUCUAAUGGUGACCGGAUAUACUCGGGAAUCAACAACAACCAUUAUAGGAGAGGCAAAAUGUGAUGCAUCAAGUCUUUCUUUGGUUGUGGUUUAUGUUCGCAUCAUCGUCAUUGUUCUGAUUGGCCUCAUGCUAGGUUUUAGCAUUUUGAUCAUGCAUAAGAGUCACAAGAAACAACCACUUGAAUGACGCGUUGUGAUGAUUUUAAUGAAAAAAGAAAAGCAUACAAGUCUGGAGACAUGAAACACAGGAUAUCAAGUGUGAACAAAAAACAAACAAUGAGCAAAAGAAUGGAGAAAAAGGUUAUGGAGCCAAAUGGAAAUUAGACAUUGAAACAAAACUAAAAUUCAAAAUGUAAAUACUGAGAUGUAAAGUGACACAAGAAACAGACAGACCAAUCAGGGGAAACACAGACUGAGAGUAAAAGGAUCUGGAAACCAAAGUGCAAAAUCUCACAAAUCUGACAUGACAAUCACAUCCAAAGGAAUGAAUUACAAAUAUGCAAGAAAAACAACA